UUUCAGGACAAGGCAAAACCACGGUUUGGAAAACAGAUUAAUGGUUUACUCGGUUAUUAUAUAAAUGUAGCAGAUUAUGAACACGAAAAAGUUACAGACUGCAGCUUUAAAGGGGUCACGUGAUUUCCCGAAUCCUCUGGCACGCCUGUUUAUUCUCGCGGCGAGCUCCGAUGCCUCGGUUUAAAUGUCACAUCCUUACAAACGGAUUAAACAACACUUUAACUAUUACUUAAGGCCUACCACAUGCAGUCCAGAUUCAUGUCUGUUGUUUCCUUUCACAGUAUUGACUACAAUGGCAUCAAACCUAGAAAAUGUUCUUCAAGACCAAACAAAAAUGAAUAAUCAUUCCACAGAGUCGUGCUCUUCAAUUGGUGCUGAGAAAACUCCUAAAGAGAAGAUCCAAACUUUGAAAUCUUUGCUGCAAACAAUCUUGAGAAAGCGAUAUGAAGGUACUCUAAAGGCUACAAAUGACAUUCCACUGAAGAUGUAUCGUCGCAGGACACAUUUGGAUGGCCAGAAGGUCCAUGAGAUGCGUGAACUGGAAAGACCCUACAAUGAGGACAUUAAAGAUGAAAAUAUGGUUAAAUAUGAUGAACUCCUGAAGCCUCAUUCUUCUACAGACGAGCGUAUCCGCACCAUUAUGCUGAGAGGAACAUCUGGAUCUGGCAAGUCAACAGCUGCGAUGAAGUUUGUUUUAGACUGGGCACAUGGCAAAACACACCAGCACAUUGAUUUUGUGUUUCCUCUUCACCUUUGUGAGCUGAACAUACUACAUGACAAGAAAUUCAGUCUAAUUCAACUGAUUGAUUUGCUCUUUCCAAAAUUACUGAAGCCAGAGACCCUUGAGCAGUCUCAGAUCCUCUUUAUUUGGGAUGGACUUGGUGAACUUAGAUUUCCUCUUAAGUUUAAACAUAUUAAGACAUGCACUGACCCAAUGACACCGGUCUCUGUAGGCUGCCUGCUGGUCAAUCUUCUCAAAGGGAACCUUGUUCCUCAUGCCCAGAUCUUGGUCACUUCAAGGCUGAAAGAUGCAGGUCUGAUUCCUCCAGAACAUGUACAGAAGAUGUUUGAACUACAUGGGUUUGAUGACUUAGAGUGGGAAGAGCACAUCAGAAGUAAAGUGCGUGAUCAAACCAUUGCUGAAAGAGCAACUGUUCACCUGAAAUCAUCCAGAGCCCUGUACAUCAUGCGCUCCUUGCCAUUCUUCUGUCAGAUGGCUUCCACUGUUUUAGAAGAGCUUUUUAGUAACAGUUGCACCACAGAUCCUCCUCUCACCCUGACAGAGAUGUUCACACAUUUUCUCCUGAUUCAAACGAAAAGACAUGUAGAAAAGUCUGCUAAAUCAAGCACUGAGGAGAUCCUGAAGCUGGGUAAGCUGGCUUGGCACAUGCUGGAAAAGGACACGUUGAUCUUUAUUGAGACGGACCAGAGAGAAACCAAUACGGAUCCUCUUCUUCCUGUCAAUCUCUCUGAUGACUGGCCCAUGUUUUUCAGAGAACAAAACCUUAUGGGUUUAGGUAGAAUGUACCGCUUCACGCAUCCCAGUGUCCAAGAGUUCCUGGCAGCUUUGUAUGUUGCUGUGCACUAUGAGCCCAGCAAGGGAAAUGUAAUGUCUUUUACACUUGCAGAAAAAGCACAAAAGUUGUUCAAAAAAGUACCAUUUGAUAUGCACAGAAGAGCAGUGGACAGAGCAUUAAAGAGCAAAACUGGUCAACUAGACAUGUUUCUUCUCUUUCUCUUGGGAAUAUCUGCGGGUCCAAGCAACAAGCAACUAUCCAGCUUUUUUCAAAAUACAUCACUUCAUGUAAGGACAGAGGAUGUAGUCAAAUAUAUUAUUCAGAAAAUCAAGGCAAAUCCAUUAUUUGAGAUUUCAGGUAAUCUCUCUCGAUGUUUGGAGGAGCUUGACGUUUCCCUGCCUGUGGUUCACAAACAAGGCCGGGUUGAAUUUCAAGUAGAUGAGGAUGUGCACAUCACUCCUUCAGAGUGGUCACGUGUAGCAACCUCUCUGCUGACCUCUGAGGAUUCAUCACUGACAUUUGACGUCAGAAAAUACGCUAAUGCAGAUGAAGCCAUUACGAGACUGCUGCCCGUCAUCAAGAUCUCCAGAGUCCUCAGACUGGAUGAAGCCACAGAUCUGAGCUGGGCGCUGAUCGCCUCAACCUUGAGAUCACCAGCCAAUCGUAUUCGAGAGAUUGAAAUUGAGAAACAGGCAAAAAGUGAUAUAAACCUGAGUCUAUUAUCCAUUGGUAUGAAAAGCCCUAACUGCAAAGUGGAGAUACUCAGGACACCGUAUUUUGGUCAUUGUAAAGAUUCUGAUCAUCUGCUCUCCGGGAUUUUAUUGAACCCGACACAUUUGAGAGAACUGAACCUGAAGAGCUCAUUCUUCACGAGUGACCAGACAGUGGAGAACAUCUCUCAAAUCUUAAUGAACCCAGACUGUCAUCUCCAGAAACUUGCUCUACAAGAAAUGGAAACCUUAAACAGUUGUAAGGUCUUGGCCGAAGCUCUCUGUAGCAGUUCUUGUCGUCUGCGAGAGCUGGACCUGAGCAGAUGCUAUCGGAAAUGUGACGAUUGGGGUUUACAGCUUCUGUCCAAGGCGUUCAGACACCCCAACUUCAAAGUAACAGUUCUGAGGUUAGAAUUCCAUUCUAUUGGUCAAGAAAAAAUCUCAACAUUAUUCUCUGCUUUUCAAAAGAACCCUUCACACCUGAGAGAGCUUGAACUACGUUUCUUAAUAUCACCGACUCUUGAUCUUCAGGAGCUUUUCUCUUUGCUGGUGAAUUCUUGCUUCAAACUAGAGACGCUGCGUAUAGUUCAACUACGAUUUGGUACAUUGCAUUGGUCAUUACAGGGCUGUUUUUUAAGGAGCUCAGUUGAAGUAGAGGCUGAUUCUCUUGAAACUCUGGCUUCAGCUCUUGGAUCUUGCAGCCUCAAAUCUCUGGAUCUCAGCAUGUGUGGCCUGACAGAUUCUUCUGUGGAGCUGCUCUCUACUGGACUGAGCAAACCUGGCUGUAAACUGGAGAUACUCAGGGUGACACACUGCAGCAUCACGGAAGCAGGAGCUGCUUGUUUGGCGAAAGCUCUCUCUUCAAACCCAUCACACAUGCGGGAAAUAGACUUGAGCAUCAAUCCUGUUAAAGGCCCGGGAUUGGACCAGCUCAGAUCGGUUUUGGAAGAUCCAGCAACCCGACUAGAGAGAUUAAUCGUGGAUGGCCUAGAGGAGCAACGGGACAUGGAAACUCUACGCCAACACGCGUGCAAUCUGACUUGGGAUCCCAACACCUCUUCUUCAAGAGUGCAUGUGUCAGAGAAAGAGGAGGCUCUUGCGGUGUAUCAGAGAAACCCAGAACCCGUUCCACGCCAUCCAGAGAGGUUUGAAGUCCCAGGUCAAAUCAUGAGUAAGGAAGGUCUUAGCGGCCGUCAUUUCUUCCAGCUGGAGUGGUUUGGCAGGUGGGCCACUAUAGGAAUGGCUUAUAAAGACAUAAGAAGGAAAGGAAGUUCAGCAGCCUGUAGCAUUGGACUUAAUAAUAAUUCCUGGGGCAUUUUUGUGAGCAACCCCUUUCCUCUCUGUAAAGCUCUUCAUGGAGGAGUAGAGAUGCAGCUCCCUAACUGCUCACCCUGGAGAGUUGGGGUCUAUCUGGACUGGGCGGCAGGAACUCUCUCCUUUUACAACACCACCACAUGUGACAAGACUGAACUCAUUCACACCUUCCGUGCUAAGUUCACUCAGCCUCUCUUUCUUCUGGUCAGUAUAAGUGCUGGAGCUAAGAUCUUACCAGACGUGCCUCCUCCUGUCUGUGUCCAUGACCAUGAUCCCUCGGAUAUGUUUAGGGGCUACAAGGACUGUAAAGGAUGUAACGGAUCAAAGGCUUGCUAGAUAAUCCAGCGUGCUCUCCUUGAGUAGAUGAGCUGAUGGUAGUGGUAUCGUAAUAGUCAUAGUGCUCGAUAUUUUGAAAUUGAGAUGUAUAUAUCAUCUGUACGCUGAAUAAAUAAGCUUUGCAUUGAUGUAUGGUUUGUUAGGUUAGGCUAUUACUACAAAUAGACCUGUUUUGUGGUCCAGGGCCACAGAGAGAGAGAGAGAGAGAGAACAGGAGAUCCACCAGAGGGAGCCAUUUGCUUGAAAAACUGAUGUUAAAAAAACAAUCUGUCAUCAGUUACUCACCCCUCAUGUUCAUUUUUGUAGUGAAUUAUACUUUUAAGAUCAAAAUAUCUUUUUUGGAACAACAUUUUUCCAUUGAAGUACAGCGAGAUGGCUUUCAGGACAGUGAUGUACAGUAAAAUCAGGAAUUUAGUGCAUUUAUUUUACACUGUUCUACUGGAUAAGUAGUAGUGUUAAAAACUACAUCCUGAAUCAUUUUUACUCAUCAAAUGUGCCUUUUUGCAAAGAUGCAAGGCUCUAAGAUCACAAGACCUUGCAAUUUUUUGGUAAAAAGUGAUAUAAAACCACUCAACCUUUACUGCAAUUCGGUACUUUGUAUAAAUAAAUGUAAUGACCAACGUUG